CGGCACAUAAUACAUCGUCAUCACCCCGGCCGUCCCUUCCAACUGUCUCUUCUCUCUUCCCAUACUCAAUCCUCUCACCUCAUCCAAACCUUCAAUACUACAAUCCAUCUACACGGUUUCAGCACCCGUCUUCUCGCAUUGUGAUACCCGCUGAGCAUUCUACUGAUCGUAAUACCUCCAUUGUGAUACCCAUUUUGUUCAAAAACCUAUCGACCCAACGGCCAACAUGGCAACUGUCAACAGACCAACUGAUACCGCCCAAAAGGACAAGGACGUCAACCAAAAGCUUCAGCUGUACGGCAUCUUCGAGGCCUUCUCCAAGGGCAAAGUUCCCUCCAACAAGCAGAUCGAUGUCGCCCUCAACAGUGCCCUCGAGUCCAAAGCCUUCUCAUCUCCCUCCGCAAGACUUUCCGAAGAGGGUCGCGCCUUGGUGGCAGAUUUGAAGGAGGUCAUUCGUCAGGCCAAACACCUGUUGUUGUCCAAGAACCAGGGUGAUUUGAUCCAAGAAUUCGUUUGGGAUAGCCAACACCUCGAUGGCGGCAACGCUACCCUACCCAAUGCUCCUACCGACAAGGCCACUGCACAGCAACAUGGCAAUGAAGCUCUCGAAGGUCUCAAGACACUCGGACGUCUUCUGCUCUCCAACGGUCAAUUCCGCAAGUUGUUGAGUGAUGCAACUGUCCUCGCCCGCGACAUGGCAGGCGAUGCUGCCACCAAGGCUGCAAACACCGUCAAUCCCUCCCAAGAUCGACUGAACCAGAUUGAUCAGCCAGCCGAGGACAACACCUGGCACGAUGUCCCCGACCUUUCCCGAGACAACCUAAGGAACCAAGCCCGCUCCGCAUACGACAAGAACAAGCCGUUUAGCCGUGAAGAGGCCAAGGGGGCUGUGUCGGAAGGUCUCGAGACCGCUCAACAACACCCUUCAGAUGACCCACGUGACGCUGGACGUGCUGGUCUGUCCAAUGCUGCAGCGAACCUGCAGAACCAGGCUAGUCAGAAUGUGCCAGAGGAGAACAAGGAAAACGCACAAAAGGCCAAGGACGCUGCUGUCCAGCGCACCAAGAAUUAUAUGAACCAGAAGAUGCCUCAAGAGCGUCGCGAGCAGACAAUCUGGCGCUUGAAGAAGAUGAUUGCUGAGAUCCAGGGUCAUUCAGACUACCAACAAGCAAUCGGAACUUUGCUUUCACUGGCUGAAACUUAUGGUGGCCAUUCUAAGAACGUGGCUCAACAGAGCCAAGGGACGGUCAAAGGUGCACAUGAUGACAAUAACUUACAGCGCGCUGAAGCUAACCUCAAGACUUUGAUUGAACGCUUUGCCAACUCCACCAGCACUGAUGACUUUUUCGACGCUCUCAACGACAUCUACCGCGAUGCCGACCAAGACCCCGAGCUCAAGGGCUGGUUCAAGCGAAUGGACAAGUUCAUUCGUCGCUGCCUGCAAGAACAAGGCUUUAUCCUGCAGGACAGUUCGAAUGCUGAAUGGAACCAGUUGUAUGACCAAGGCCAUCAUCUAUUCCGUGAGCGCUACCGAGAACAUACCGAUCGUCUCCUGGAUGAGGUCAAGUUCAUUGGCAACCAGUUCGACGAAGACCCGCAGAACCAAGCUUUCGGCAAUGCCGUUCAGAAAUUGUUCUUGGACUUGGGUAACGACGAGAACGGAAAGGCCACUUUCAAGCCACACCUGAUCAAGGACUUGACCGAUGUCAUCAUCCCUGCCAUCUUCGAGAAUACACGCUAUGUGCCUAUCCCACGCAUCGAAGUCUCCGACCCACAGAUCGAUGCCGUUGUUGAAAACUUGGUCAUCGAGACUGACAACCUAUUCCCGAACAGUCUCGAAUUCGGCAGUGACAAUUACUUCCGCAUGGGUCGCAAGGGCUCAAGCGGCCGGAGAGAUAACAAGAUCAUGAUUGCAGGUUCUGGAGUGCAAAUGGACCUGCGUGAUGUUGCCUAUUACAUCAAGAGGAAGCAAGGAUUUCCCUCUAUCACUGACAAGGGUGUCAUGGAUAUCUUCCUUGGUGGAGAGGGGUUCGGCUUCAAGCUUGCCGCUAGAAACGCGCAAAAGAAUGAUCGUACCCAUUUCGUCGCCGUCGACAAGGUUGAUGUUACCAUCAAGAACUUGAAUGUCAAGAUCAAGCAAUCCAACCACAAGCUUCUCUUCAAGAUCGCGAAGCCAUUGGUACUCAAGGUCAUGCGACCCGUCAUUCAAAAGGUUCUCGAAAAGCAGAUCAAGGACGCGUUCGAGAGGGCAGAUGCAUUCGCAUACUCAGUCCACCAAGAUGCCCUAAAGGCAAAGGAGGCGGCCAAGGACGAUCCUGAGAAUGCUGGCAACAUCUUCCAGACCUAUUUCAACUCGUACCAGAACUUGAUGACCCAGAAGAAGGAGAAGGCUCAGCAAAAGGUUUCGCAGACCAAUGUCAAUAUUGCAAUGACUAAAGAAGACUCCAUGUUCAAAAACAUCUCGUUGCCAGGUGGUAUCUCGACCAAGGCCACCGAGUACAAACAGCUCGCGGCGAAAGGCGACCGAUGGGAAUCUCCCGUCUUCGCCAUUGGCAGUGCGAAGGCAUCUUCAGACAUUCCCAAGCUGCGAGAAGUCACUCGCAAACCACAUGGUACUUCUCGAGCUAGAAUUCAAGGCGGUAACCACCCUAACAGCGCUUCCGACUUUUCAUCUGGCACUACCGGUGGUGCAGGUGUUGGAUAUGGCACCACGGGCGCAGGUGUAGGAUACGGCACCACGGGCGCAGGUGUAGGAUACGGCACCACAGGCGCAGGUGCAGGAUACGGCACCACAGGCGCAGGUGCAGGAUACGGCACCACAGGCGCAGGUACAGGAUACGGUACCACUGGCACAAGUGGUCUGACGGGUGCGACUGGUACUACUGGCAUGACUGGAAACACUGGUAUGGCCGGCACUGGCACUGGUCUCGGUGGUGCUCCAGGUUCUGAUGGCACUCGCUUGCCAGUUGCUGGCGGCCCUGCUGCUUCUGGAUUCAGCAACCAACUCGAUCAAGCAUUUGACCCCCGAAAAGAUGUUACGAACGGUGCGGCCGGCGUUACCAACGGCAGUGCCAACAAGACCUACUACGAUGGUGUCACUAAGUAAAGACGCAGAAAUGGUUGACUGAUUCAUGGAUUGGAAAGACCAAAAUCUUGAUGGCGUUGGCAAUUGCUCGAUACCCUUUUAGUUGGUGGAUUUAUGUAUUGUUGGCUGGGAUGUGCUGGUAAUGGAAGGUGACUGGGGUGGAAAGGCACAAAGGAACACAAACUCAUUAAGUACUCUGCUGGAACACAGACAGACAGUAUAUGUAGAUAAGAAAAUACUUCAUGAAACA